AAAACCUUCUUCCUACGCUCCUCCUCAUUAGCCCCGUUUCCCCUUCUCCCCCCUCCCCGCCCUUCCCUGCGCGAUGUUUGGAGCAGAGUACGCUGCGCUGCCCAGUCAGCAGAGGCGCAUUCGGCACCUGCGCUCGGUCUCGGCGCGCAAUCUCCCAACGCGCUCGGCAGCGUCCAUGAUUGACUGCUACUUUACCCUGCACUCGGCGCCAGACUUGCCAGCGUUCUACACUUCGGAAGUCAUCUACAACACGGCCAACCCGACAUGGCGAGCCUUCGACCCUUCCCUGUUUCCGCCAGAAGUCCAGUUGACGGCUUCGAACAUUGUCGCUCGCGUCUACGGCGGAUCUGGCUCGGAUUUUCGUUGCUUGGCCGACGUCCAGGUCGAUCUGUUUGCUCUGGAAUAUAUUGGCGAGGACCUUCUUCUCGACGGCCGCAACUACCCGCCAUGCACUGUCAUUUUCGAGCUGCGCGAUCGGUUUUUCAGGCACCGCGCCCUCCCAAUCGCGCAGGCCCCCUCAUCAGCUCGCGUCACCUCAUUGAGCAAUGUACAGCAACAACCACAACAACAGCAGCAGCAACAACAACAGCAACAACAACAACAGCCAAAACCAGCUCGCCCUGUAUCCGGAUUCCCAGCUCCAUUCACUGCAGCAUCCUUGUUACUCGGUGUUGAGCCGCCGUCCAUGAUCGCAUCGGCUGUAAUGACCGCCGCCUUGAACACGGCGUUGAGUUUAGCACCUCCACCAGGCCACAAUCCCGACACCCCGUCUGGGGUUUUGUCUCCUGGCCCUGGCAGCGCCCUGUCCACUUCGGGCUUCUUCCCUUCGAUCGACCUCAUUCCUGGCAUGGUCAAGGUGGAACGACAUCGCGUAAAAAAGACACCUACGCGUGUGUCGUUAAUGCGCAUCCACAAUCUUCAAGCCAGCAUUCAAGACAAGAAGGAGAAAACGCGCUUGCUCAAGGCAGAAAUCGAUCGCGUGUUGGAACGGCGGUUGGAACCCACCAAGGAGCUGCGAGAAUGUGAAGCGGCGCGAGUCCGUGUUACGUUUUUGCAAGAGGAGUUUAAUGCGCAAUAUACUGCUCUGAAGCAAUCGUUGGACGUCCAAUUCUCGCGUCAAACUGCUCUGGACAAACAGGUUCAAGACCUCCGUAUGGCCCAGGAAUUGCUACGGCGUAAUCAACUACGCCUGAGCGACCAAGAGCAAAAGCUGAACGAAUCACGGGACUUGCUCAAGAAGUUGCAAGGGCACUUGUUGACACGCAAGGCCCAGCUGGUCAGCCAACUUCAAAUCAUCUACCCCAUCGUGCCAUCCUCGGCCACAUCUACCAAGAUUUUCAAGAUUUGCGAAGUAGUCCUGCCAAACUCGGAUUACAGCGGAUUUGAUGACGAUGUGAUCGCGACUGGUCUGGGCCACGUUGCCCAUCUCGUCACGUUGAUUGCUCGGUAUUUGGAGCUGCCGUUGCGCUACCCCAUGUGUCCAAUGUCCUCCCGCUCGACAAUUCGCGAUGACAUUUCUCAUCCAGGCGCCGUCCCAUUCCCACUGUAUGCCCAAAGCAAUGACAAGCAACGUUUCAAAUACGCUGUCUUCCUGCUCAACAAGAACAUUGAGCAAGUCAUGAACUAUUGCGGAUUGAGUGUGACGGAUUUGCGAGUGACCCUACCGAAUCUGCGGGCACUUUUGCUGUCGGAUCUGACCAUGCUGGAACGAGGAAGCGUUACGCGGUUCUUGACAACGGAUUUCAACGAGUCCGGCCGAAUGGUCGGCAACCCGCUUGCAAUGGACAUUCAGGACACGGAUACACUCAACCAGUCGAUUGUCACCCAGUACAUGUCCACCCACAUGCCACCAGCGCAAGCGGGUGGUGCUUCCCACGCGCUCAGUCAAUCGCAACCUGGUGGCCAUCCCAGCUCGCACCAUCAGAGCCUCCGCCAUCGCACAUCGCGAUCCGGUCAACACGCUCGCCAAAGCUCCACCGGGUCUGCAGAAGUCUACGCAGUUUACUCGACCACAUCGAAUUCGAGCCAUAUAUAAUUCAUUGCCCCAACUUUCGUUCGCUGCUCCCCCAUUUCGUGACGUUCGAAUACAACUAUCUUUUGAUGACACA